UUUUUUUGUGUGUGUGUAUUUACAAUUGAGUGUAGUUAUAAAAAUAUGAGGUCAUGGAAGGAGUGCAUAUCCUGUCAAUGCAAAUGUUAACUUAUCAUAACGUGCACAUGUUAUUCACAAAAAGGACCAAGUACAUUCAUAAGGUUCCAAGAACCUUAUCCAAGUAAAAAAUCCAACACCCAACAAUGGAGCUAUCUCACCAUGUACAAAAAAUCAAUUUUCCCAUAUGGCAACCAAAGCCAACAAAUGAGUACUUGCUCAUACGUUAGAAAAAAAAAAGAUUGGACCACAACUUCUCUCUAACAGACCACAUGUGGUGGAUAACCUCAAGUGGAAAUGAAAUGCCACUGUACCUACUUUUUAGGCCUAUGCUUAAUAUUAAUGUAUAUGUUUAAGACACGACAUAUAAUAAAUGUAUGGUUUGAUAUAUAAUUGAGUCAUGAUUAAUGUAGUGGAUGUGUCUCUGCCAGUUGUUGAGAUCUGCCUCCCCAUGGGCCAUGAUGAUUGUGUGGGGUGUGCAAACAAAAUAUCACAUUGAACGUUGGUAAGAAAGAUGUGGAUUGUCUUGGCCCAAAAAUUGGCACCAAAACCAAUGGUUCGAUGAGACGAGCAUAGAGAUAUGGAGUGAUGGUGUGAAAAAGGUUGGCUUACUGCCUUUACCUGUUUGUUAACUGAUUUACUGUCUUCACUCACUCUAGAUGAUAAUACAGAAAAUAAGCUACAUACAAAUAUCACAUCAUCAUCAUGUUAAAAGUAUCUUUGAGUUGUCUCAUCCCAACAUGGGGUUCUUUUUAUGCUACUUUUGAUAAAAACGGAGAAUCCGACACGCACUCGUCGACAUUUUUUGAAGAGUCCAUGCAACAUAGCUAAAGAGUAGUAGGCAAAAGGGAUGAAAAAUUGAUGGGAGUCGUGGCCUGCUUCAUUACCUUCCUUUACUUUAACACACAGAAUAGCUGGAUAUGAUUGAACAACUUUUCUGGGACAUUGGUUGUGUGUGGCUGUCUUUCCUUAUCCUAAAUAACAAUUCUUUUUCCUUCUCAACAGUACUCUUUAUUUCUGUUGUAUAUAUUGCAUGGCUUAUCCUUUCUACUUCUUCUCUUUCUAUUAGUAGUCACCAAAAAUCAGCAAUAAUAAUGGCUAAUCAAGAAAAUGGUAGCUUGCCAAAUUUUAUACUACCUGAUUCUUUGUACACUGAAACCAUCAGAGAAGUUCAUUCGGCUGUUGAACAUGAUUGGGAUUCUUUGAGACAAUCGGCAUGUCAAACUGCAGCAGGAAGGGCAUUGUGGAAACAUGUGAUCCAUGAUCCACUAGCAGAGUUCCUUGCAGGGGAGACAUACCUGAAGAAAUUGUACGAGAAGAUUAAGAAAGAUGUCCUCAAUAAUGCUAGAGAAAUUUCUGGAGUUAUCAUUGCUGUUAGGACACUAUGGUUUGAUAAAAGAAUUGAAGCAGCACUUACUUCUUUUGAUGGCGGAGGAGCACAAGUCGUCAUUCUUGGAGCAGGUAUGGAUACAAGGGCAUAUCGCUUGAGUUGCUUAAAAGACAGUAACAUUUUUGAGGUUGAUUUUCCAGAGGUCUUGCAGAUGAAAACCGCUAUUAUAGAGGCAGCAACAGAAACAACAGAUGAACAAAAGCACCAAUUGAUGAUAGCAAAAUCAUUGAACAGAGUGGCAGCUGACUUGAGAGAAAAGGACUGGCUUGAAAAGCUUCAAGAAUCAGGCUUAAAACUAAAUAAGAAAACAGUGUGGGUAUUAGAGGGCAUUCUCUAUUAUCUCUCUCACUCAAAUGCAAUGGACGUACUGAAGAUUAUCGCAAAUAACUGUACCUCUGCUCAUACAGUACUCUUAGCGGACUUCAUGAACAAGCAAUCAACCACAAUGUCCAGCUCAAAUUUCCAUUUCUAUAGCGACUAUCCAGAUCAGUUACUGCCAUCACUAGGAUUUUCUGAUGUUGAACUUUCUCAAAUCGGUGAUCCAGAUGCACAUUUCGGGUUAUUGCAUGACCCACUAAAUUUGUUCAACAAGUUGCGCAACUUGCCCAGGUCACUUCAAACUCACCCAGACGAUGGAACACCGUGUUGUAGGUUGUAUUUGCUCAAGGCUUCUGGAGAACCACCAAACCAGACUAUGUUGUGAAUAUUAUAAGAAUGGUUCACCAACAAAGUCUAACUUGCUGUUAGAGCUUAGAGGAACCCCUCAUUGAUUGUUACUGUCAUCGUACCACAUUGGUUAUAGUGGCAACAAUGUCAUUUAAGCUAUGACUAGUAUACUUUUUAUCUUUUCAAGAUCUAGGUAAUUCUUGAACAAGUUCAUCAUGUUUCAGCCCCCAUCAUUCUCCCUCCUACUUUUAACUUUUGCAAGAGUUAAAAAGAGACAAUAUAGUACUAUUUUACCUUCU